AUGUGGAAUCUAGGCAUCAAAGACUUAUUGAAUUUACAUGAAGUUUACUUCGGUCUAUUUGUCGAAAAAAAGUUCUGCCAUCUAUCUAUCUAUCUAUCUAUCUAUCUAUCUAUCUAUCUAUCUACCUAUCUUUUAGUCUGUUCUUAUCUAUCUAUCUAUCUAUCUAUCUAUCUAUCUAUCUAUCUAUUUCAGUUUGUUCAUAUCUAUCUAUCUAUCUAUCUAUCUAUCUAUCUAUCUAUUUCAGUUUGUUCAUAUCUAUCUAUCUAUCUAUCUAUCUAUCUAUCUAUCUAUCUAUCUAUCUAUCUAUACUGUUCAGAUGUAUCUUGUGCUCAUGCUCAGUCUGUUUAUACAUAUGUGUGUGUGUGUGGGAGGUAUCUAUGUAUCUAUCUAUCUAUUUAUCUAUCUAUCUAUUUUUGUGGAUAUCUAUCUUGCUUGCUCAUGCCCAAUCUAUCUCAUUCUGUUCAUAUCUAUCUAUCUAUCUAUCUAUCUAUCUAUCUAUCUAUCUCGUUCUGUUCAUAUCUAUCACCGUCUGUUCAUAUCUAUCUAUCUAUCUAUCUAUCUAUCUAUCUAUCUAUCUAUCUAUCUAUCUAUCACAUAGAGAUAUCCCAUCAGGCUAUUAUCAGUUUUUCUUCCUUCCUUCCUCUCGGCAUUCUAACUAUCUCUUUCCUUCUUCCUUUCUUUCUUUUUUCGAUAUUUCUACCUUGUCUCUUGCUUAAUGCUUCUUUCUUCGCAUUAUUGAAUUUCUUUUUUUCCUUCCUUUCCUUUUGUUGCUUCCUGACUCUUUCUUUCUUUUUUUUCUCACUGUUGAAUGAUUUUUCUUUCGUUCUUCUCAUUAUUACCUCUUUCUUUCUUUCGUUCUUUCUUUCUUUCUUUCUUUCUUUCUUUCUUUCUUUCUUUCUUCUCAAUGUUGAACACUUCUCCCGUCAUCUUUCUUUUUUUCUUUCUUUCUUUCUUCUCAAUAUUGAACACGUCUUCUGUAAUUUUUCCCACAUUCUUUCUUUCUUUCUUUCUUUCUUUCUUUCUUUCUUUCUUUCUUUCUUCUCAAUGUCAUCUUUUUUUUUUUUUUCUUUUCUCUUUCUUCUCAAUAUUGAACACUUCUCUGUAAUUUUUCUUUUCUUUCUUUCUUUCUUUCUUUUUUCUUUCUUUCUUUUUCUUCUCAAUGUUGAACACUUCUCCCGUCAUUUUCCCACAUUCUUUCUUCUCAAUAUUUGA